AUGAAGCAGAUAAUUAGUUUGGCAACCAAACUCGAAAACAAGCUUUACCCCGUGAUAACGACGGACUCAACUAAACCCAAAGAAAUCGCAGACCACAUAGAACAAAAACUAACCGUUCUUCUACCUGAGAUCCGUAAAGCUCAAUCCGAAGUCAAUGAGAAGAUCAAAACAAUAGAACAACUAAUUCAACAAACCCAAAACAACGACGAAUCCAAUUUAGCUGUCAGAAGCAAACUUCAUGAAAUUGGUCAGAAACUUCAAGAUACUGCAUCGGAUUACCAAGUUUUAUCCCAAGUUUUAAUUGGGUACUUCAGGAACUUGGAGGAAAUCGAUAAGAAGGUUGAAAUUUACAACGCUGAGUUAGAAAAAACUGGAUAUCCAAAAGAUGUUGCGUCUAUAGAUAGGGUAUUACAAGAACAUGAAGCUUGUAGACAAACCAUUGGAGAACGGUUGAGGUUUGCUCAAGCUGAGUGUGACCAAGUAGCAGAACGCAUUCAAAAGCAGGAACCAGAAAAAGCUGCACAGCACGACGUCAACAAACUUAAGCACGUUUUAGAGCUUAAUAGAGCAGAAUUCGAGAACCAGUGGCGGCAAAGGCAAGACUCGUUAUUGGCCCAUCGCCAAAUUUCAUCAUUUGACAGUGAUCUUAAGCAAAUUAAUGAUAGCAUCGAUGACCUUGAUAGACAAAUUAAGAACCUUAAAGGUCAAUAUGGAGAAUCUACAUCCAGUGCUAAAUCUACGUCCCAAGCAUUUGCAUACUUGGAGGAAACUAUUAAGACUUUGGAACAACGCAUUCAGUCUUUCGUGAAGUCAGGAGAAAAACUAUUAGCGGAAAACCACAGCGAAUCUCCCCACAUUCAAAGUGAAAUCUCAGCUCUUCAGGAUAAAUGGAACAACUUAAAAAAUCAAGCAAAAACUUCAAGAAAUCUCUUGGAUAUCAGUAUUCACUACUACCAAUUAGUAGAAGAGGCUGAUGAAUGGUUCAGAGAAGGCAGUAAACUUUUGGUAACGAUCGCUAGAAAAUCAACAGCAGUAAAAACCCCAGAAGAAGCUGAAGAAUUAUUAACCGAGGUCUCCCAGUUCUUAACACCCGGAGAAGAAAAGCAAAAUGAAAGAAUUGAAAAAAUAUCCGAAUUGGCUGUCAAACUAUAUGGAGCUGAUGAAUCAAAAUACGCUCCUAUCUUAAGUGGAAACAAAGACAUGUUAGAAUCAUUUGAAUCAAUUAUCAAAGAAUUAAACACUUUGGCUGAAAAUUUGCGAAGUGCUGAAGAGGAACGACAAAGGUUGGAAAGAGAAAAGAAGGAAGCCAAGGUUGCAGAAGAGCAUCGGCAGAAAGCAGAAGCCAAACAGAAAGAAGAGGAGAGGCUGGCUGAUGAAGCUCGAAAAGCCGAGGAGGCAAGAUUGGCUGAAGAAAGAAGAAAGGCUGAAGAGGCUAGGCUUGCAGAAGAAGCUAGAUUGGCUAAGGAGAAAAUUAAAGCCGAAGAACUUAGAUUGGUGGAAGAGAAGAAAAAGUUAGAGGAAGCGCGGAAAGCUGAGGAAGCUAAACUGGCAGAAGAAAGAAGAAGAGCAGAGGAAGCCAAGCUUGUUGAGGAAGCAAGACUUGCGGAAGAGAGGAAGAAAUUGGAAGCAGAAAAACAGAAGUUAGAGCAAGCUAAACUUGAUGAUGAAGCUAGAAAAGUCGAAGAAGCCAAAUUAGCGGAGGCAAGGAAGGCUGAGGAAGCUAAACUAGCUGAAGAAAAACGUAAAUUAGAGCAAAUUCAAACCAAACAAAGAGAAGAGGCGGAACGACUAAGACUCGAAGAAGAAAGACAGAAAGCAGAGAAAAUAAAAAUAGAAGAGAAAAAACAUUCUCUAGAGAUAACAGAAAUAACGGAUAUUCAAAAAGUAGAAAUUCAAAAUGCUUCUAAUAGAGGUGUACCAUCACCAAUACCGAUCGUGGAAGACGCUGGUGAAGCACCAGUAUUUACAUCACCUCUAAGUGAUGCAGUUAUUCAAGAAGGCAAUAAAUUUACUUUUAUUUGUCAAGUUACCGGACAUCCUACACCAGUGGUUCACUGGUACAAGGCUGGUAUAUCCAUACAAAAUAAUCCUGACUACAGAACAACAUUCGAAAAUGGCCUGUGUUCUUUAACAAUCGAAGAAACGUUUGCUGAGGAUUCUGCAAGAUACACGUGCAGAGCUAGCAAUUCUGCCGGUGAAGAUGAAACUACUGCUGUACUUUCUGUUAAAGAAAGUGAACCAGAAGACAUUCUCUCAGCUCCCUCGUUUCUUAAACCUCUUCAACCCAGCAGUGCCAAAGAGGGCUCGACCUUUCAGUUCGAAUGCCAAGUGGAUGGAAAUCCGCUCCCGACUGUGCAAUGGUUCAAGAAUGCUGAGUGUAUUGAUAAUUCUCCUGACUAUAGUAUCACUUAUAAUAAUGGAAAUGCGAUCUUGAAAUUUGAUAAAGUGAGAUUGGAGGAUAAGGCUGAGUACAGUUGCAAAGCAUCCAACCAAAUGGGAACUGCUCAGAGUACGGCAAACCUCAUAGUCACACCAUCCGAACCCGCCGAAGCACCCGUAUUUGUCACCCCAUUGUCUAAUGUCAUGGCGAGAGCAGGUCAAAAGAUAAAAUUGGAAUGUGAGGUUUCUGGAUUACCCCCUCCAACUUUGACGUGGUCACACAACGGAAAGGCGGUCAAAGAAACACGCGAGAUCAAGUUGCAACAGGAAGGCAACAAGGCCACUUUACUAGUUUUGGAAGCCUUCCCGAAAGAUGCCGGCACCUACUCAGUAAGUGCCAAGAACAUCGCCGGUGAAGCAACUAGCUCAAGCAGCGUUUCCGUCAAAGGUCGUCUUCCUACCGAAACAUCAGACUCUGAGAUAGCAAGCGAUAUGGAGCCAAUCAAACCGUCUAUUCAACUUCCUUUGACCAAUACGACAGCGAAAGAAGGAAGUAGGGUACGACUGGAUUGUGUUAUAGUUGGACAACCUGAACCAGAAGUCAUCUGGUACCAUGAUGACCAACCUGUUAAAGAAUCCCACGACUUCCAGCUGCUAUUCCAAGGAGACCGUUGUUCCCUCAUCAUCCAGGAAGUCCUACCCGAAGACGGUGGCGAAUACAAAGUCGUUGCUCUAAAUUCUGCCGGGGAAGCUUCCAGUAAAUGCGUAUUGAGUGUUACGCCAAUUUCGGAAUCGGACAACGAAAAAGCACCAGAGGAAAAAACGGAGGCUGGAACAGCGCCAAAAUUCUCGAAAUUAUUAACCGACGUUUUAGUUUCAGAAGGAGAUAAAGUAAUUUUAGAAGGAAACGUAGUCGGAGAGCCGAGACCAGAAAUUAAAUGGUUGUUGAAUAAUUUGCCUAUCACCGACCUCGAACAUUUUAUUUUUGUAUAUGAUGACGAAGGCAAUGUAAGAUUAGAGAUUGAAAGCGUAAAACCCGAAGAUAAGGGUGUCUACACUGUAAAAGCUACGAACUCAGUCGGAGAAGCUAAAUGUUUUGCUCAACUAAUUGUCAAAUCGUUUAAACCAUCGGAAACUGUACAGCAUGAAGAACAGAAACAAGCUCCUGACUUUAAAGAAGGUUUUGGAGAUAAGACCGUCUACGAAGACACAGCAUCCAAAUUCGAAUGCAUUGUUAUUGGAAAACCCACACCAAAAGUCAGAUGGUUAUUUAAUGGCGAAAAUAUUUCAGGUAAAGACUUCCUGAUUUCUACCUCAGGAGACAGACAAGUUUUAUCCAUCCCGAACGCCAAGAAAGAACAUUCUGGUUCAAUUACAUGCAUUGCGGAAAAUGAAGUAGGUAAAGCCACUUGUGUAGCAAACUUACACGUGCAACCAGCCAGUUCUGUGAUCACCGAAGAAAAUCAGUUGCAAAUCCAACCCUCACUACCUCUUACUACUGAAAAAUCACAACACACUGAAUCGUCUUAUAGAAUUACCCGAGAAGUCGUAACUCAAUCACAGACUUCCCACAUGAGUAAAGUUAUUUCAUCCAAUUCUGACGCCGCUCAACCGCAUAUUGAAGAACAUAAAAUCUUGUCUCAAAAAGCACAAACAUUUAAACAAAUUGAUCAAGAUGCUCCGGAUAUUAAAGAAUCUCAAAGAACUGAAGAGUAUCAUAAAAUCGGAGAUCAGCCUCCAGUCUUCCAUGAAAAAUCAUCGACCACUUACUCCGUUGGAGCACAAAGCGAACAAAAGCAGAUUACUUCAAACUCGGAAUUGAUCCAAAGAUCCGGUCUCAAGGUUCGCCCUCCCAAAUUUGUUACUCCCAUUAUUGGCAAAAUCGUCGACCAAGACGUAGACGUUGUACUGGAGGGUAUCUUGGACGGUCAACCCAUUCCACAAGUAAAAUGGACAAAGAAUGGCGAAGACCUUAAAGAAGAUGACAGGAUCAAAACUACGUGGGAACUAAACAGAACUUCAUUGGAGAUUAAAAACGUUACUGUCCAAGAUGCGGGCCGAUAUUCUUGCACGGCUAAUAACGAUGGAGGAACUGCUGUUAGUACUGCUGACUUAGUCGUUAGAAAAACAAUCUUUCCACCAGUAUUCGGACGCCGUCUACAAGCUCAAGUGAUUAAGAAAGGAGAUCGUAUUAUCAUGGAAGUGGAAGUAACCGGAACACCAGAACCAACAGUCUCAUGGUAUAAAGAUGGAAACCUUAUAGAUAAUUCCGUUAGCGAUGUAUACAAGGUUAAAUCUUUGGGUCAAGGUCACACUCUAACUAUUGAGAAAGCUGAAAUUAGCCAUUCUGGUAGAUUUAUGGUUCGAGCUGUCAAUUCCGGUGGAGAAGCUCAAAGUAUUGCAGAUAUUGCAGUUAUAGAACCUGCCCAGACAGCCUCUGCAGCAGAUCAGAUUUCAUCGGUAGAAUCUAAACAAGUUCCAGUUCCAUUAAAACUUACAUCUAGCGAAUUGUCACAAUCCUUAUCUCAAAAAUCUGAAGUUACCUCUACUACAGAACAAAUGCUGUCUCAAGAAAAACAUAUUAUAAAACUCGAGCAUAAAGUGCCCGAUAUUCCUAUGCCGAAACCUAUUGUCCCAAAAUCGAUGGACGGUAUCCUGGAAAAACAAACUGAAUUUGAGAUCUGCCAUCCAACUGGCUUACCUAAACAAGAAGAAAUAUUACAAGAGAAAAAGGUUGACGUUCAGGAGGGAAUCGAAACUAGUUCCAUUUCAACCCAGUCAUCCUUGCAAUACUUCGUUAAAAAAAUUAAAGAAGGAGAUACUCCAGUGCAAGUGCAAAAAGAAAUAACUGCACCAGAACCAAUCAAACAGGACAUAUUUAAAAAAUUCGAGCCAAUAGACACUAAAUUGCCUCCACCACUUCCACCUAAACCAGAACCACUGCGACAAGAAUUUCAAUCAUUUAAAUCGUCUCAAAUAAUUUCUCAGCCUCAACAACAAUAUCAAUCAUUUUCUUCAAGUCAGACCACACAAGAAUUUAAUCUUCAACCUGAACCACCAGCGGAAAUUUGCUUUGCUCCUAGUGGAGGAACAUACAAAAAUCAAGAAGUAACUGAUAGAAUUAGAAGAAUAUCCGAGAAUCAGAAAGAUUUGCCUCCACAUGAAGUGCCUACUGGAGCAAUUAAAAUCUUCCCGUCAACACAAAAAGUCAGUGAACAGAAGACGGAACAAUCAUAUCAGUCUUCAUAUCAAACAUCAUCUUCGUCUUACAGUCGCACAUUUGAAAGCAACUCUUCUAAACCAGCAUUUCAAGAGCUUCCAUGGGUUACUGAAAGGCCCAAAUCGACUACUUCAAGCUAUACUUCUGAAAAACAGUACAUAGGCAGACCGCUUUCUGUUCAGGGCGAACCUUCCCAGGAAGGAUUAAUCAUGGAAAAACAAUGGGCUCAUAAGUUCUCUGAAUCUCACCAAGAAAAAUCUUGGCCACCACAUCAUGAAGAACUUAAAUAUCAACCAUCGUGGUCAGUCCAAAGUACUUUAGAAAAGAAAUGGACACCUGUUACCAAACCUCAAGAUCAGGGACCAAAACAGCACUAUAUAGCAGAGGUAAAUAAUUUAGGUAGCAUUGUAGAUCAUCAAACGUCGCAAAGCAAGUCAGAAUAUAUUUUGGAAGAAAGUAACGUUAAACCCUCCAAAAUGAUUAAAUCAUGGCCACCAGCACCUACUGAAUCCAAACCUUUUUCAACGAUUGAUUCACUAUCGAUUAGACCAGUAUCAGUUCAGGAUAUUACAGAUGAGGUGUACUUAGAACCUGGCCCACCUCCUGAAAUGGGGUAUGCUCCACCAUGCCAAACUAUAACACCUCAGCCUAAAGAAUGGGUGGCUCCACCUCCAAAAGAGUUACCUAAAGAGUGGGUAGCUCCACCUUCAAAAGAGCCGCCGAAAUGGGCACCAUCGCCAAAACAAUGGGCAGCUCCAUCUCCUAAAGAAUGGGUUCCACCAUUGCCUCCAAAACAGGUAAUACCACUAGCUCCUCCUGUUCCUGCGAAGCCUCUUAAGCAUGCCGAGCCAAAGAAAGUAUUGCUUAAUGAUUUCACGCCAUUUGAAAAAUUUCCUAAUUUAGAACCUUUUCCAUUUAAGCCUGACCUACAAAAACCCAAACGGCCCAAAACAGGCCCUCCUCCAACCCCUUCUAAAUUUAUUAAAGGUAAAUUUACCGACAGCGAUUACGAAAGUGAUAUCGAAAAUGUACGAAUACCCCCGAAAUGGAAACCAAGUAUGAGCGACACAGAAGAACCUGCAUAUCGACGAGUUUUAGCUCCCAAAACUGUUCGAUUUUCCAGAUCGAGGUCCCAGGAACCUGAAGCUAUACCACCAUCCAAGUUUGAACAACCUCCACGAUUUGAAGGACCUCCCAGACCUGACGUUAAUAUUGAAGAAUUCCAAAAAUCGGUGCAAGUCAAGAAGUUAACCAAGCAUGCACGAGAUUUAAAAAGAUCAGCAGUUCAACCUGCGCAGUCAGAACAUGUGCCCAUACCCGUAAAAAAGCCAGACUCUCCUAAGUCAAAACAAAAAACAGUCAUUGAUGGUUACAUGGCUGAUACAGAGUAUACGAAAGAAGAGUAUAAAAAGUUUACGAAAACCAGCGAACAUUCUGAAAGUCAGAAGAUCCAAAAGCAAAGGGUUUGUAAAGUUCCUGAUAAGAAGCCUGUUCAGAAGGAACUGGUAACAACUCCAAUAGUUACAAGCCACACGUCACACAAGCUUUACGAACAGCGUGAUAGACAUGUACAAUUGGAGCCUUUCCCGUUCAAACCAGAACCAGAAAAGCCUAGGGUAAAAGUAGCUCCUCCACCAAGUCCAUCUAAAUUCAUAAAAGGUGAGUUCAGAGAAAGCGAUUACGAGAGCGACUAUGAGAGAAGAGUCAAUACCGUAUGGAGUUCUAACCAAGAACCUCAAUACAAACCGGUACAUCCUGUUUUAACACCAACUAAACAGCAUGGUCAACAGUAUGGAAGAACCCCUACACCACCAACUGAAUUUGAACGUCCGCAAGCCUUUGGUUCUUCCCGUCCCAAGUUUGAACCUAUUAAACCCGAAACUAAACCUAUUCCGAAACAUGUAGUGUACAAACCCAAACCGUUAUCAGCUGCUCCUUCCGAUUACGUUGCUCAAAAGGGAUUGAUCCUUCAACCUGGCCCACCUCCAGAGUUCGGUUACACACAGGGACCAACAAAAACUCAGUACUACAAAUCCACUGUAAGUGCUCCCUAUACUAACGCUAUUCAGCAUGAAACAUCAAAUUUAGUUCAUUUCAACGAAUCUACUGAAAAUUGCCACCGCACGAUGAGCGUUCAACAAACUCAUAAAGUGAUUAAAUUUGGUGACAAAUACAAGAAAGAAGGAAAACUAGAACCUUUUCCUUUCCAACCCGAACCGGAACAGCCUAGAAGAGCUACAAGUGUUCCUCCACCACCAACUCCUACGAAAUUCAUACCAGGCGACUUCAGAGAAAGUGAUUAUGAAAGUGAGGUAGAGAGCACUAGAAUUAAACAAAAAUGGACACCACAUGGUGCGGACGAUAGAAAUCAAUACAGAAGAGUCAGAGCUCCGGCUAGCGUUAGAUCUUCUAGUGUUCCAGCUCCAAGAGAUAGAGUAUUGACUCCAAUGGAAUUCGAUACACCACCAGUGUCAACUAUUAGGACAGACUACAUUGAUGGGGAGACUAGAAAGCACGAAUCCAUUUACAGAAAGUUUACCGACAACAAAAAUAAUCAAAUAGUUAAGAGAAGCUAUUCUCACGAGCCUGCUCUACGGCCAGGAUCGCCUCCGAAGUAUGGAUAUGCUUCUGAUCAAAGAAUAAUCAAGUCAACUGCAACUAAAGUGGCCUCGCAUCACAUGGACAGCAUGACUAACGCUUUUAAAUCUAAAACGCAACAGUUCGUUUCUGACAUUAUGGAUGAUGUAAACAAACAAAAAUCCACCUUUAAAAAUGGUACCGAUGGUGAUGCUCAGGUAUAUAGAGAGGAGUCUAGGGCUGCACAAUAUGGAACGAAGCACGUUGACCCCGACACAGGCCUUAUCUACUUCAAAUACGAUUUUGGUUACGAAUUCGGCAUUGUCCUUCCCGGCGAAGGUAAGCAAGGAGGAGUUGUUCCUACUCCCAAGAAGACGAUCAUCGAACCGCCUAAAAGAACUAAAGAUAUAGAGAUGCCCGUUUAUCACGAAAAAACCAACUCCAGUACUAACCACCACCCCUCCCCUCAGUUUAAACCCAAACAGUUUCUGUCGGCUAACAAAUCUGGAAAGUGGGAGCCUACUUCGGAGAGCGAGAUGUCGGAUUACGAGAGGGACGCCAAAGGGCCGAAUCAUUUGCUACCAGGUUCGAGAUGGGAGCCUUCUUCGUGUAGUCCUGCAUCUCUGUCGCCUAGUUUACCUAGCACGUCUCCAGCCUUUAACAAUACUUUUGCAGGUGGAAGACCAGGUGCUCAAACACCACCUAGCUGUCCAACCACUCCAGUAAAUCACUCAAAACUGAACCCUGCUCAAGCGCGUGCUCCAAUGUUCAUAACGCCACUACGGGACAUUGCAGUUGUCGCAGGCCAAGCCGCUAAGUUUGAAUGCAUCGUUCAGUCGGAGCCGCAGCCCAACGUUUUGUGGUCUAAGAAUGGACGCAUUAUACAGAAUUCUAGAGACUACCAAUUGCAUUUUAGAAAUGGAGUUUGCCGUUUGACCAUAUCUCAAGCUUAUCCUGAGGAUGCAGGAACGUUCACAUGUACUGCUACCAAUCCCAUUGGUACUGCUAACACAAGUGCAACUCUAGAAGUACCAGGUGAGCGCAGAUCGCAAUACAUUAAGUAGAUUGGUGGUGGGUCUUAACUUACUUAUUUUUGUUCGCUGCUAUACUCGCAGUCACAUCUAAAACUAGUCAAAAGUGCCUUGAAAUAUUGCCAAAAUGUAUCUAUAGUGUUUUAAAAUAAAAUAUAUGCUUGUGUUGUGCACAAAUUAUUAUUAUAAGUUGUAUAUGUCGAUAAUACUCGAAACAAUUACUCCGACAUUUUUCUUUUUUAUGAUUUAUUUUUGUUUCUUUGUGCUGGUGUACUGUUUACAGUUUAGAAUAUUAAAAUGUACAUUUAUAUUGUUACAAUUAAUAUAAAUUAUUUAUUUAUUGUGUCUGUUACUUUGACUAUUAAAGCUUUUCUGCACUUUCA